AUGGCAGGCGUGCCUCAAAAGACAUUGAAUUGGCUUUACGAUGAAUAUCACGACCCGAAUCGAACUUAUUCGGACCUUGCCCAUAUCCUCGCCCGCAACCCGAGCUUUGCUCCUCGGACAGAUGUCUACACGUUCGAGAAUGGAGCGCCUGCACUCCUCCUGCAGUUCAAGGGCACCAUCCCCGUCAACUUUCGGGGAAAUACAUAUCGGUUUCCUAUAGCAUUAUGGGUUCCUCACGCCUACCCUUACGAGGCACCCAUGUGCUAUGUUGCACCGACGGAGGAGAUGAUGAUUAGACCGGGUCAACAUGUCGGGGGAGAUGGGAAGAUAUAUCAUCCAUACCUGGCGCAUUGGAGAGAACACUGGGAGAGAUCCAACAUCUUGGACUUCUUGUCCAUCUUAUCUGACAUUUUUGCCAAAGAGCCACCGGUCAUGUCCAGGUCACCGACACAACAGCAGAGACUGGCAGAGCCCACGCCACCACCAGUGCCGCCUUUACCAAGGGAGAUGCAACCGCCAUCGCUUUCGAAUGCGUCGGUAUCAAGUCCUCCUCCACCCGGGCAACAAUCAGGUACACACGCUCCACCGCCUCCUCCGCCCAAACAUCCUUCUCAAGGCGGCAUCCCAACACCCACUCCAACAAGUCCCGGCAUCCCCACGACUUCUUCGCGACCCGGACGCUAUGACGCUCCGCCUCCUCUGCCGCCUCCGCCACCUCAGGCGCAAGGGCCGGGCCAAAGACCUCAGCAGCCGUACGGAAAUGGCAACAUCCAACGACCUCCUAGUGGCGCGAAUUUCCUGCCUCAACGUUCCAGUAGCCUUCGACAGUCCAUGUCACCUCAAACUCCUUACCACCAGCAGCACCAGCACCCGCGAGCUGCAUACGAAUUACUGCAAUCUUCGUACUCACCUCAACCGCCUCCCCCGGGUCAAACGCAGCAAUAUCCCCCCUCCCAGCCUCCCCCUGUCAUGACUUCUGCACAGGGUCAGAGCCCGGGCCAAGCUCCCGAUCGAGCCAGGCCACCACCCCCAGAUCAAUUUAGCCAAAUGCCACCAGCAGCAUCGGCAUCCUUCCAAGGCCAGCCUCGCGAGCGACCUAUUUCGCAACAAUAUCCAGCCUCUUAUGCACAGCAAUCCCCGCAACAGCCCCAUUCACAACCUCAGCAACAAUAUCAACCAGCCCCUCAACCUCCCGCCCCGAAACCUGCGCCGGCACCAAACCUCCUUGACUCCCCCUUUGACAUUCCCUUACCUGCUCCCAACCUUCAGUCGGCGCACAAUAUUCCUGCCCCUCCGAUACCGGUCAACCCCGAAAAAGAAGCUCUCUUAACCCAUCUUUCGCACUUGCUCACGACAUCCCUACACCAACAAAUCUCUCAGAAUAACUCCGCUUUGGCCCCACUAGCCUCGCAGUAUGCUGCUUUACAAUCAACCGCGAGCACACUGACCGGCGAACUAAGCAACUUGAAAGCGUUGCAUGCCACGGUGUCCAACAAUAUUUCCCUGCUCCAGUCUUCGCUGACCAAGGCGGACCAAGCGAUAACUUUGGCACACGCUCGCGCAGCCAAGAACGACAUUCCGCAUGUGGACGAAAUGCUGACCGCUCCGACCGUGGUCGCACGCCAAUUAUACGAUUCAGCAUGCGAGGAACGAGGGAUUGAGGCGGCGAUACUGGCCCUCCAGGAAGGAUUCGUCAGAGGACGUGUGGGGAGCGAGGUCUGGGCAAGGAGGACCAGGGAAUUGGCUAGGGAAGGCUUUAAGCGGCAGUGGAUGGUAGAAAAGAUCGGGAGGGGAGUGGGAUUGGAUUUGGAGGCUGGAACAUAUAGACGCUAA